AUGACUUUCGGACUGUACCGAAGAAUUCCUGCAUGGAUUGAUGAUGGGAUUGGAAUUCAAGAGUUUGUGGAGAUCAUGGAGGAUUCUGCAUGCCCCCGUAUCUUUGCAAAUAAUGUGGCCGGGUUUGUGAGGGAGCUACAUCAACUCCCAGAGCUGGAGCCCUUCAUACAAACCCCUCUGAUCGCAGAUUACUGGAGAAGGAUUCUACAACGAUGCGAUGAAUUACAACGACUGAAUCUGCGAGCAACGAGGAAGCCGCCCCCGGAGUUCUACGCUGAACUCUUACAGGUCUACGAGCGAAUUCGACUCCGCACGUGGUUCCUUUAUGUGGACGCUCAACUGGAGAAGAACGUUUUCAUCCUGGAAGGUACCAAGUCGGCCGGAUUCUCCGGCUGCGGCUAUGGUGGCAGUCCAGAGGAGCGGCUAGCGAUGGAAAGUGGGCCCUUCUCGCUGACAGCGGAAGUCAAGUGUGUGCCCGGUGAGCAGACGCCCGACCAGCAGGUCUUUCUGCUCCUGGAUUGCACCAGCGUCACAGACCUUUCUUCCGGCUGCGACUUCUGUGCAGUUCGCCUGAGCUUCGACACGCGUGAGGUGCGCGUGGAGAGCCAGAAGCGCAAUUCGACGACGCAAACGCUCUUUGCACAGCCCGGCUGCGCGCUGCUGCGGCCACAAAGCUACGUCACCGUACUGGUGGAAUUCCAUGGCGAGACCAUGAACCUGUCAUUGAGCGGCGUUUCGGUGGCUCUCAACCUUCCUUUGAAUAGGAGCCGCAGCGGCGAGACCGCCAACGUGGGCCUAGCGGUCUACGGGAAGUCGCGCUGCUAUGUUCGCCGUUUUCGCCUCGCAGCACUGCCAAAGGAUGCGGUGCCGGAGGCCUCUUCCGUUUCCGCCGCUCCUGGCGCCGCCUCCGCGCCCUCAGCCCGUCGACCCUAUGCUGCUGCGUCUGUGGCGGCCGCGCCCAAUAUCAUGGGCGUAGGUGCUGCGGGCGCCACGGCAUCUGAGGAGAUGGACCUCGCGGUGACCAUCGAGCGGGACAUAGUAUGCCAAGAUCUGAAGGUGCGGUUCGAGGACAUCGGCGGCCUCGAGGAUGCAAAGAGGGCCAUCAAUGAGGCCGUCAUCCUCCCGCUGCUGAUGCCCGAGUUUUUCGUGGGCCUUCGAAAGCCAUGGAAGGGCGUGCUGCUCUUCGGCCCACCAGGCACUGGAAAGACGAUGCUGGCGAAGGCGGUGGCGAGCUGUACGGAGAACAUCACCUUCUUCAACUGCAGCUCGGCCACACUCACUUCCAAGUGGCGCGGGGAGUCGGAAAAGCUGCUCCGCGCGCUGUUUCAGACGGCACGUGCAAGAGUUCCAUCGAUUCUGUUUUUCGACGAGAUUGACUCGCUUCUUUCACAGCGCGGCGGGUCGGCAGAGCACGAGGCAUCACGCAGGUUUAAGUCGGAGUUUCUCAUCCACAUGGAUGGGCUGCUCAGUGAGACGGGCGAUCAGCAUGGGCACCUCUUCGUCUUGGCCACCAGCAACGCGCCGUGGGAUCUGGACGAGGCGUUGCGCCGGCGGCUUGAGAAGAGGAUCUACAUUCCGCUACCGGAAGAAGCCGCUCGAUCGCGGAUGCUGGAGCACUUCCUCAAGGACAUCGUUCUCGCCGAGGAUGUAGAUUUGGCCCUCGUCGCGUCUCAGCUGGAGCGCUACAGCGGAGCCGAUGUUCAACUCGUGUGCCGUGAGGCGUCGAUGAGUCCCAUGCGACGCCUGGUGGAUGGGCUAACGCCGGCAGAGCUGGUCCAGCUGCGCAGCGAAGGAAAGCUGGACACGAGCAGCCUCUCUGUAGCGAUGGCAGACUUUGAAGCUGCCAUCUCAAGUGUGCAGCCGUCGGUGUCCCACAGUGACACACGCCGAUACUUAGAGUGGCAGAAGGAGUUCGGCUCGCAGUGA